AUGUGCCUUGUUUUCUUUUUUUUCGCCGAUGAACCGGAAGAACCCAACUCCAAUUACUGGAAUGAUCAUCUUAUUAGAAUCUCACCGUCACCCUACGCAUCGCAAGACGCUCGUCUUGCAGCUUUAGUAACCGUUGAAUCUGGACCCCCACGUAAUGCUACUGUCUCUGCUCUUCUCACCAUCUAUUCCGCAGUGUUACUGGAUCUGUUGGAAACUAUCUGA